GAAGAAAAAAGUUAUUUAAAUGUCGACCUAAUAUCUCCCGUAUCAUGCUGUUUCCCAUCUAUGAUGAAGAAGUUAAACUGAUAACUUAAUCGCUCCAGUGCUAAAUAACUAUGUUCAACAUGAUGAUUUUGUUGUUUUUUUCGUAACUACAUCUGUUUAAUACUAUCUUUUACUUGCAAAUUACUUAACCACUGCUCAAAAGAGAUUCAUUUUCUCUUGUUCUAUCCAAACCAUUUUAGAAACACUGUGUACGGUUUUAUUCACAAAUUUCACGGAAAUGGGAUGACACUUCUAAAACGAUUUUUUUUUAUCUCCGCUUGAUACACCUGUGCAAAAAUCUAUGCUAAAUUGGUCAUAAAAUACCUGUUUGUGAAUUCAAGCAAAUUUAAAUGUUACAAAUUUCAGUGGAUUAAUAUAUGUACACCGAAAUACCUUUAAAAAUGAAAACUAAUGACACAUUUCAUAUCAUUGACUACAUUAUUUUUAUUUUGACGCUACUAAUUUCUACAGCAAUUGGAAUCUUUUAUGCAUGGAAGGACAAAAAAUGUCAGAAUACAACAGACUUUUUACUAGGAGGGAGAAAAAUGCAUCUUUUUCCGGUUACUCUAUCACUGAUGGCAAGUUUUCUGUCUUCUGUUUCCGUACUUGGAGUUCCAACAGAAAUCUUCUACAAUGGCGCUAUUUAUUGGAUCGGAACGUUUUCUGCCUUUCUUUUUAUUCCAUUCACUGUACACUGCAUCUUACCGGUGUUAUAUGAAGUUGGAUUGGCAAGUGCUUUCGAGUACCUGGAGAUGAGAUUUAACAAACUAGUAAGAAUUAUUGGUUGCCUAGUUUUUCAGCUACAAAUGAUACUAUACAUGGCUGUGGUACUGUAUGCACCAGCACUUGCUCUAAAUCAGGUUAUGGGUAUCGAUAUGCUGGUGUCUAUUUUGGUGAUCGGACUGGUCUGCACAUUUUACACAGCUAUUGGUGGACUAAAAGCAGUAAUGUGGACGGAUGCUUUCCAAAUGAUUAUUGUCUUUGCUGGGUUGCUGACACUCAUAAUUAAAGCCACGAUAGAAGUCGGUGGAAUAGCAACGGUCUUCGAAAGGGCGUCAGCAGGCGGAAAACUAGAAAUUGACAAUUUUGAUCCAAGUCCUAUGGUGAGACACACGGUCUGGACUUUGAUACUUGGUGGCUUUAUGACAGCACUGACAGUAUAUGGCGGAAACCAAGCUAUGGUUCAAAGAUAUGUCAGCAUGAAGAACUUACGAGGAGCUCAAACGGCUUUAUACCUACAGUUACCCGCCAGCAUAGUAUUUACAUCACUACUUGUUUACACCGGUCUCGUUCUGUUUGCAAAAUAUGGAGAUCAAAAUCCUGUGCCAUGUAUAAUUCCAAAAGGAGAUCAGUUAAUACCAUAUUUGGUAAUGGAUGUGUUAGGUAAUGCCUAUGGCGUACCAGGAUUGUUUGUUGCCUGUAUAUUCAGUGCGUCCUUAAGUACAGUGUCUUCUGGUGUCAAUGCUCUAGCCUUAGUAUUUAUGACAGACAUCUUCAAACCAAUUUACAAGAAAAUAACUCAGACAGAAGUUAAUGAAAGCAGAGCUACAGUGUAUUCAAAAGUGGUUGCAUUAUUAUAUGGCCUAUUGACAAUUGGACUUGCAUUCCUGUCGCAGUAUUUUGGAACUCUGAUAUUACAAAUUUCCUUAAGUAUAUUUGGAAUGGUUGGUGGACCGUUGUUGGCGCUAUUUGUUAUGGCUUUGUUCUUCCCGUGUAUAAAUUCACUGGGCGCUACUAUAGGAAUGAUAUGCAGUUUGAUAUUUUCAUUUUGGCUAGCCAUUGGGACUAUUGCCAGUCGACCAAGUCCACCACCAUAUUCAUGUCCAGUAGAUACAAAUGCCACUUUGACCAAUUUUACAACACAUUGGACCACAAACUAUACAAUAAGCACGACGACUGCUUUGUAUAAUUCAACUAUAGAUAUUAAGAAUGUUGCUGCAGCUGAAAAGACAGGGUUACAGACAUUUUAUAGUAUUUCAUACUUAUGGUAUAGUACACUAGCAGUUUUAGUAGCAGUAUCUGUAGCACUUUUGGUCAGCUGCUUUUCUGAAUGGAGGAAAACAAAGUUUCGUGGUGGUACCAAGAAAAAGCCAGUCGAUAGAAGAUUAUUGUCACCUUUAUACCUCAAAAUAGCCUCUCUAGCAAAUACAUACUCAGCAACAGACUUAGAGAUGCAGAUAAUGACAACGGGUGAUUCAAAAGACGGCUCUGAAGAGAAGAUUAACGGUACAAUCAAAGAAAAUGGUUCGCAUGCUGAAAAUGGAGAGAAAGCAACCAUUAUAGAAAGGAUUCAAAACGGAGAGAAGACUGUAAUUCUAGAAAGGAGCGAACACUUAUAAAUACAGUUGUAAAGAUUAAGCAGUCGUUGUUUAACAGAAGAACAGACGUGAACAAACAGGAUGUUGACAGAUAUAGCUGUACUUUAUGGAGAUUGUCGGUUGAUACAAGCGUCAGAGGCUUGCACUUUGUGAUGAAUAUGAACAUAUUUUGUAUGUUGUAACUGUGAUUCGUAUGUCAUGUGCGUUAUUUUAACAUCUAAUGUUUUAAAAGGAUUUCUUUUUAUUUUACAAAACUCACUUCAAGUGUAUAUGUCAGUGUAAAUUCAGCUUGUUUACACAAAAUGCAACGUUAUUCAUUCGUUUACUAGAACUUUACUUUGUAAAUUCUAUGAUAUAUGUUCCGCUGAAAGAAUGUUUCAUAGUAUUGCCUUUAUCAAAAAGGUGUAAUCCGUUCUUCCUGUUUGUAAAGUUCAUACAAAUACAUUUUGUAUUUUCCUCAAAUGUACAUAUAUAGUAUAUUUAACAGGUAUGACUAAAAAAAAGAUGUAGGUGUCUGCAGAUUUCUACCAUUGCCAUUCGAAGAAACAAGUGUUGGAUAUGACGAACUUUCAAUCUAUAAUGGAUGAACAGCGGUGUAAUUUGUUGUAAAGUCAAACGUUUUGAAUAUUGUAAUAUAACUGAACAUAAUGGCGAAAUCUAAUAAGUGUUGUUUUCAUUGUAAUUCUCUUUUUAUACCAAAUAAUUUCGUUUAUUAAUCACGAAGAAAAGGAAAAAAAAAAAGAUGUCCAGGAGUGUCAGGAUUACCUACUUAGCACAUUUUGUAAACAGUUUUGAUAAUGUACACAUUAUGGACAGACAUUUCUUGAAAUUUAACAUUUAUAAAUUAUUCAGUGCCAGUAAUUUGUUUUAAUAAGUUUUGUCUAUAAUUUAUAUGUAAUAUAUGGGCAACAUGUUUGCGCUGUAACUAAACAAAUGUGAACUGUAUAUUAUAUAAUUAGUCAUUUUUAUAUAAUGAUUAAAAAAUACUUUGUAUCUACAUACAUGUAACACGUGUACAAUUUAAACAUUAAAGUG